AUCAAUAAGUUGAACAUCAAGGGGAGCCUUAGGCAAAGUAUCAUUAAUCUCUUGUUUUAAGAGUUUAGCAGCCGUUCUUUUUCCAGCAGCAUGACCACCUCCUAUUAGCACUAUGAUAGACUUAUUGGUAGAUGUCGUCAUGGUAUAUGGUAUGAAUUGUAGUUGAACUUGCAAUUACAGUUGGAACUGAACUGUAACACCCCUCCACAAGUCAAAGUCGCGAUGAUUUUUUUGUAUAAUAAUUUUUUUUUGAGAUGAAGCAGAAAUUGAAAUUUGCAAUUAACUAAUUCAGAUCAUAGCAAAUAACAGAUAACCAUGGAUGACUUUGAUAGAGACCUUGAUAAUGAGUUGGAAUUCAGUCAUAAGUCAACGAAAAACAUAAAGGUUCAUUCAACUUUUGAAAGUAUGAAGUUGAAACCAGACUUAUUGAAGGGGAUUUAUGGGUAUGGAUUUGAAGCUCCAUCAGCCAUUCAAUCGAGGGCUAUCAUGCAAAUUAUAAGUGGUAAGGAUACCAUUGCUCAAGCCCAGUCGGGGACUGGGAAGACUGCUACAUUUACGAUUGGGAUUUUGGAAGUUAUAGAUACCAAAGCCAAAGAUUGUCAAGCAUUAAUACUAUCACCUACUAGAGAAUUAGCAGUACAGAUUCAAAAUGUGGUUAAACAUUUAGGUGAUUAUAUGAACAUACAUACCCAUGCCUGUAUUGGGGGUACUCAUUUAGGUGAUGAUGUUAAGAAAUUACAACAAGGUCAACAAAUAGUAAGUGGUACCCCUGGUAGAGUGGUUGAUAUUAUUAAAAGACGAAAUUUAUCUACUAGAAGUGUUAAAUUAUUAGUAUUAGAUGAAGCUGAUGAAUUAUUCACUAAGGGGUUUAAAGAACAAAUCUAUGAAAUCUAUAAAUCAUUACCUUCAAGUGUGCAAGUAGUGGUGGUAAGUGCAACUUUAUCAAAGGAAGUAUUGGAAAUGACUAAUAAAUUCACUAAUAAUCCAGUUAAGAUUUUAGUGAAAAGAGAUGAGGUUUCGCUUCAAGGAAUAAAACAAUAUCAUAUUCAAUGUGAGAAGGAAGAUUGGAAGUUUGAUACUUUAUGUGAUUUAUAUGAUUCAUUAACUAUUACUCAAGCAGUUAUAUUUUGUAAUACUAAAGUUAAAGUGAAUUGGUUAGCUGAUCAAAUGAAAAAACAAAAUUUCACGGUGGUUGCUAUGCAUGGUGAUAUGAAGCAAGAUGAAAGAGAUUCCAUUAUGAAUGAUUUCCGUAAUGGGAAUUCAAGAGUAUUAAUAUCUACUGAUGUUUGGGCCAGAGGAAUUGAUGUACAACAGGUUUCAUUGGUGAUUAAUUUUGAUUUACCCUUGGAUAAAGAGAAUUAUAUUCAUAGAAUAGGUAGAUCAGGAAGAUUUGGAAGAAAGGGAGCAGCUAUAAAUUUGAUUACUAAGGAUGAUACUUCUACAUUAAGAGAAAUUGAAAAGUAUUAUUCGAUAAAAAUCAAAGAAAUGCCCAUGAAUGUGAAUGAUAUUAUAUAGACAAUAAGUAAUUAAUGUCGGUUAUCUUAUGUUUGUCACCUUAUUAUUAUGUAGUUAGUCUUGGCAGUAUACGACGGGAGAUUAUUAGACGAUAAACAUCAUUACUCUACACAACUGUAAGAAGUUGACUGUAAAAGAUAAUAUCUAUUGAGUAAGACAAAUACAGAUAAUGAUCCUACUUAGUUAUAAGCCGUACAUACAUCAAUCCUAGUGUCAA